AUGCAUUAUCUUCCACCUGUUCUUUGUACAGAGUAGCCAGCUGAAGAAUCAAUCUUAAUGUAAUUCAAUUAAUAAUUGUAUGGAAAAGCAGCAUUAUAAAGUCCAAUUUUGUAAAUGGAAAAUUACUUCUUGAAUUCAGAUAAUAAAGAGUUUACAAAACUAAAUGAAGGGUAACCAUUAUAUUAAUGAUAAAUUAGAUCGAAUUUAAAAUCAAAAACUGGAUCUUCUUUGAUCUAAUACUUUCAUAUAAGACAUUUUAUUCAUUCAUUAAUGAAAAAGAAAAAGUAUUUGACAAAGUUUUCUAAAAUUCAUUUUAAUCUAAUAAAUGAUAAUGCCUCUAAUUUCAAUCUUAAAAUAUUAAAGACAAAUGCAUUAAAUUUGAAACCAAUUUCUCAAACAAUAUAAUAAACAUUGAGUAAAACUACAAUAAGUAAAAAGAGAAAUGAGGAAUGGUGGAACAAAUUAUCAUAGAUAUUAGAGAAGUGUUUAAAUUUAAUACCAAUAGUAUAUCCAGAUGAUAAAAUGAAAGUUAGAUGGGAUUGUAUUUUAGUAUUACCACGCUUUUAUUUUAUGUGUAUAAUUCCAGUUGAUUUGGCUUGGACUAAAGAAUAAGUAUUAUAUGGUUAUUCUUUUAUUCCAACAUUGAUAUCUUUAGGAUUAAUAAUAAUAGAUUUCUUUUUUGGGUUUGCUUGUAGUUAUUAUGAAGAUGGAUAAAUAAUAACAAAUAGAAAGAAAGUAUUUUUGCAUAAUCUAACAAAAUCAUAUGGAAUAGAAUUAGCAUCAACAGUAGUUAUAAUCAUAUUCUUAUUUUUAUAAGUUUUUUAUGAUUAAUAAGUUGAUAUAUCAAAAGACAUAUAUUAUUUAUUAUUAUUAUUUUCUUUAGUUUAAUAUCGAAAUAUAAUGAAAAUAAGAGAAUAAUUAGAAGAAGCAUUAAAUUUAUCUGAAUAUGGUAGUUCUAUUGUAGAACUUGUAAAAUUAUUGAGUUUAGUUUGUUAUGUAAUACAUAUAUUUGGUUGUUUAUGGUUUUGGGUAAUUAAUAAUUAUAAUAAUAUAUAGGUUGGUUAUUACGGUUCAACAUAUUUAAAUGAGGGAUGGUUGGUUGGAUAAGAAGUGGUAGAUGCUAAUUUUGGAACAUAAUAUUUGAGAGCUAUUUAUUUUUCUACUGUUACAAUGUUUACAGUUGGAUAUGGAGACAUAACUCCUAAAACUGAGCCUGAAUAUAUAUUAGCUAUUAUUUUUAUGAUGGUUAGUAGUAUUCAAUUAUCUUACAGUGUUAGUACUGUAGGAGCUGUACUUGAAAAAAUUACUUCAUUUAAAGAGAUUAAAUAAAAAAAACUGAGAAUUAUUAAUAAUUUUAUGGCAAAUAAAUAAAUCAAUUUUAAACUUUAAUUUUAAGUUAGGUAGUAUCUAAGUUAUUAUUGGAAUAAAUAAUAAGAUGAAGAAAAUUAAGCUGAAACUGAAAUUAUUGAUUAAUUAAAUCAAACUUUGAAAGAAAAAUUAAUAUAUGAGGCUAAUUCUCGUAUUCUUAAUUAAUGUAAAUUAAUUAAAGAUAAUUUCUCUGAAAAAUUUUAAAAGAAAUUAGUUGAAAAAAUUACAUCUCAAUUUCUAUAACCAGAAAGUCAUAUUGAUUUCUCAAAGUUUUUAAAAAGAAUUAAAAAAGUUGAAAAAUCUGAAAUUUAAUGUUUAUGUUUUAUUGAAGAAGGAAAAGUUGAAUCCUUUAUAGAGGAUCCUAUUACUUAAAAUAUUAUUGCUUCAAAUAUUAAUAAUUAUGAAUCAGGAAAAUGUUUUAAUGAAAUUUCAUUUUUAACUGGAUAAGAUUUAAAAGAAAAAUUUAAAACUUUAGAAUUUACUAAAUUACUUGUAUUAUCAAGAAAAGACUUUUUAGAUACUCUUAAAGAUUUUCCUUAAGAUUUUGAAAAAUACAAAGAACUUGUUGAUGAUCUCAAUAUAAACAAAUAAAUGGAAAUGUUAAAAGUAGAAUGUUAAUCAUGUCAAUCUUAUAAACAUCGAACUGUAAAUUGUCCUAUUAUUCAUUAUGUUCCAGAUAAAGAAGUUAUUAUUAAAAGAUGUUUUUAUCCAUCAAUAUAAUAAAGAAGACAUAUAAAAAGAUCUAAAACUAGAACUAAACCAACAUUUAAAAUAUAAAAGUUAGUUGCAAUGUAAGCAAAUAAAAUGUAUCAUUCAGUUACAAUAGAUCCUAAUUAUUGCAAUAUUUAUGAUUUUUAAGAUGAUUAAUAAAUUCCAGUAGUUCUUGAUCCUUAAAUAAUCUAUCAAACUGUAUAGCCCCCCUAGAAUUAAAAAUUGGAUUAUGAAGAAGAAAAUGAUAUUUCCAUUCUAGCUAAUUAGUAACCUGAAUCGCCAAAAUAAAGAUAAAAUUAAAAGAAUUUGACUUAUACCAAAAUUAAUAAAAAUAAAAGAACACCACAAAAGCUAUUUCGUAAAACCUUUAAUGUAAUUAGAGGUGCUUAAUUUUGGACUAAAAUAACAAAAUAAAAAAAAAACUUUUCUUUAUCUUAUGAAAAUCAAAUUAGGGAACUUCAAUUAAGAAAAACAUUAAUUAAUGAAUAAAUUGAUUUAGUUCCAAAAUCUAUCUUAGAUGAUAUUUUCUUUAUAGAAUAGAAGUUUUCGUAGAUUCUAAAGCAAUAAUAAGUAGAAGAUUAAUUCGAUUAAAUCAGAGAUUUUAAAAAGUAUAGACCCUAAGAUAAUUUAAUGUAAUAAAUCUAUAAAUAAGAUAUGAUUAAUGAAAAGUUUUCACCAAAUGAAUUGACUUUCUUCUAAAAAAUUAGAGUAAAAUUGAGUAGAUUUAUGAGCUUCCCCUAAUAAUAUAUAUUAAGAUAUAAAUAUCCCUUAUCUAUUUCAUCAAAAAUUGGCCUUGUGAUUGAUGAAAAAAAAAUGAAAAGAUCAACAAAAAAUAAAUCCAGAAUUAAAAAAACAUUAACCAAAAAAACAUAAUCCAAAAAAAAAUGA